UUUGCGCCCGGGCCACCUUCUCUUACUAUAAAGGGAGCUGGCGGCUCCAGACUCCGGUAUGCGCCUCCCAAAGCCCGAGUGCUUCUUCGCCAGUUGCUUUGGACCUCCGACCUCCCUUCUCUCGCUAUGGAUCCCAACUGCUCCUGCGCCACUGGUAGCCCCUGCACCUGCGCUGGCUCCUGCAAAUGCAAAGAGUGCAAGUGUACCUCUUGCAAGAAGAGCUGCUGCUCCUGCUGUCCCGCCAGCUGUGCCAAGUGCGCCCAGGGCUGCAUCUGCAAAGGGGCCUCAGACAAGUGCAGCUGCUGCCCCUGAUGUGGGGACCGCCCUGCUCCCAGAUGUAAAUAGAGCCACGUGUACAAGCCUGGAUUUCUUUUUUUUUCUAUACAACUCUGACCCGUUUGCAAUAUUCCUUUUUCUACAAACUAUGUGAGUGUAAUAAAAGUUGUUGACUAGA